AUGGCGGCACCGACACCGUUGGCAACAGCUCCGUUGAACGCGACGAUGGGAAACGGGCCGGCGGCGAUCCCCCUCGAGAGACAAAGCCAGAUCAGCGUCGUCGCGGUGUCGAUUGCCUUCAUCAUCGUGCCGACCAUUGCACUGGUCUUGCGACUCAUAGCGAGGCGGAUGGCUCACAGAGCUUUGGAUGCUAGCGAUUACUGCAUCAUCGUGGCAUGCAUCUUUUCGCAUGCUCUGCAGCUCGUUUCGAUCCUCAGCGUCACGCAAGGUGGUGUUGGGUAUCUCUUCCGAGAGAUCAUCCCAAAACAUGGAAGAGGUCCCAUCAUCAAGUUCCUCCAACUCCUCGUCGUGCAACAGAUUCUUUGGGCCGUUAGUCUUAGCCUCUGCAAGAUUUCCAUCCUCCACCUUUACACGAAGCUCUUCUCCGUCCGUCGCAUGGUCCUAGCUGCGAGAAUCAUGGCACUCUUCACUGUGAUCUGGACUGCCGUUGCCGUGCUGGUGGCCUUCUUCAUCUGCAUUCCCUUGUCGGAUAACUGGCUGCUCGAUCUCAAGAACCGCAACUGCGGCAACCAGCCGGCUGCGGACGGGACAUUAGGGGUCGUGAACCUCAUGACGGACAUCAUUGUGCUCCUCAUGCCAGUAUCCUACUUGUGGAGCCUUCAACUCGAGAGAUUCAAGAAGAUUGCUCUGAUCGCAACUUUUUCUUUGGGCAUCUUUACUUGCAUUGUAUCUGCUCUGCGGCUCUACUACCUUGCAAACCUGAAGUACACAGACGUGACGUUCGGCAUUCCCAACGCUCUCAUCUUCAGUGCACUUGAGCCCGGCGUCGGUAUCACACUCGCUUGCAUCCCGUUCCUCCGACCACUUCUCGGUCGAUCCAAUUACUCGCCCAAGGGUACCGCGAGAUACUACACCACGGUAGAGAGCUCCGAUAACACGGGAAGACGUGUUUCGGGCAGGAACGGGCUCGCACUUGUUGGAGAUGACUCUUCCGGACAUCCUUUACAAGACUACAGGCAGACGGACUCCAUGCCCUCAUUUCCGAAUAAGACGCACACGCGCAUAGGAAGCGGUUCCUGA